AUGGCUUCCAACGCUUCCGAGAGCCCUAAUUCCUAUCGUGAUCGCUCUGAGCCUCGCGAUACUGUUAAUGAAAAUGAUCCGAGUCUCACAAUUCCCGCGUCAUUACUGCAUCACCCAGGCUCCCCUUCAACUCUUGGUCCCUUCAUCCAUGUACCUCGUUCCUGGCGUGGUGACACGCUGGAGCAUUUCGACCCAAAUCUCUUUAAUCUCAAAUAUAAACCUGAAGUCGGAAUGGGGCCUCUGUAUAAUGGUUACGACUACCUCAGGCUGGCGAUUAAACGACUGCGUGGUCUUCACGCGGCCGAAGACAAUUGUUUAGCCGCAAGUACGGGUCUGGAGAGACUAUCUACACAAGGAUUGAUAGCCACGAUGAUCAGGCUUGAAGAAGCGUUUAUGAGCUUUAACAUGGACUAUCAACAAAAUAUGAAUAUUCGGUGUCUCCUGGAUAUGUGCCGCUUUUUUUACUACGCGCCACUGGUCAAGCGCGAUAUUGAACAGUUUCCCGAUGGCGUGGAGAAGGUUUACCUGAAGGCACUGUAUACGUCUAUUUGUCCUAUAAAUCAUAGCAAGGAGUCGCUUGAGUGGGAUACUUGGCCGGGAAUAUGA